AUGCAGAUCUCCAUUGUCACUGUCCUUGCCCUACAGGCCAUUGGCGUUAUCGCCGCCCCUGUCGCCGCCCCUGCUGACGACUAUGCAGACUUGGCCAAGGCCAACAUUAUUAUCAAGUCUGCCGGCACGUACAAGCGUGACGAAGAGAAGCGAGCCGCGGAAUACGCCAAUGUUGCGAAGGCGAACAUCAUCAUCAAGUCUGCUGGAACUUAUAAGCGGGAUGCCGAUUAUGAGAAGCUCGCCAAGGACUCGAUCGUCAUCAAGUCUGCUGGUACCUACAAGCGAGGCGAAGAGGAUUCUAUUGUAAUCAAGUCCGCAGGCACCUAUAAGCGUGAUGAAGAGAAGCGCAAUGCCGAUUACGAACAGUUGGCCAAGGACUCUAUUGUCAUCAAGUCCGCUGGAACUUACUAG